CGGCUUCGCGGGCGCGGAUCGGCGGGACCCGGACGCCAGCGAGGAGGUCGGCGCAGCCCGGUCCCACCCCGAGCGCGGGAGCCGGCGGGGCAGAUCAGCGCGUCCCUAUUGACAGGCAAAGUGCUUGAAGAGCUUCACCACACACACAUUUACGGUUCUCAUUAAAGAAGCCUCACAUAAGUGAUGGACACCUGAUACCCUGCUGCCUUUGCUUGGAAACUGAGUUUUGCUGUACUGAUUUAACCACCCGCAAUGUUUGCUGAUGCUAUCAUGACAAAAAGAAUGCUGAUUCUGUCCCUGUUGACCCCUGUGUGAAACGGCUUUUCAUAUACUGUGCAUUCUUUGACCUUCCAUAAAGAUGUCUGAACCUGACUCUUCAUCUGUAUUCUCGGGGAGUAUGGAGAAUGGAACUUUCCUCGAGCUAUUUCCCACAUCCCUGUCCACAUCGGUGGACCCGUCCUCAGGCCACCUGUCAAAUGUCUACAUCUAUGUGUCCAUAUUCCUCAGCCUGUUAGCCUUCCUGCUUCUACUUUUAAUCAUUGCCCUCCAGAGGCUCAAAAAUAUCAUCUCCUCCAGUUCCUCCUACCCGGAGUAUCCAAGCGACGCUGGAAGUUCUUUCACCAACUUGGAAGUCUGCAGUAUUUCCUCGCAAAGGUCCACUUUUUCAAACCUUUCCUCCUGAAGAAAAUGUAAGAAUCCUUCAAUGCUGCGGCCCUCGGGGAGUUUUCCCUCGGGAAGUGUCGCAUGAAGUACGUGCCUCAGGAAAGAAACGCCCAUUUUGUUCUUUUCCACUGAUUAGACCCAGUUCUCCUUCUCCUUCAGCCCUGAUUUCUUUUCCUGUUCAUGAUGCUUUUCAUUUUGAAUGUCGGAGUUGAUGCUGACAGAAAUGCAUGCAAGGCGCAGAAUUUCACCCAGACUGCUUGGUGAAUCUGGGGCUGGCUUCUUCUCAGUGGGUCAGGCCACCCUGUUGGACACCUGAGGCAGAACCCACCUGAGGCGGCCUAGCAGAGGAUGCUGGAUCAGGGCUCUGCACUUGGCUUCUCUUACAAAACCGUAAAAUCAACGGACUCAGCAGAAACUGGCUAAGUGAAGUCUGAGCAAUGUGGAAGAUAUUAUCCAUAUUUAAAAGAUAAAGUGGAAACACCAAUUUAAAAAAAAGACUCAAUUUAGAUUUCAUGUAUAACAUCUCUAAAACCGGGGACAAAAAUAUUUUAAAUGUUUUCUAAAUCACAUUUAUUGAUGAAUUAAGUCAUAUGUGGAAAAGUUCUGGAAGACUUUAACUUUUAAUAGCAAGACAACUAUGUGUUAUAAUGCCAUUUGUAAUGUAUUUCUGCCUCUUGGGUUUUUACCUACUUAUGUUAUAGUCAUAAUGCCCCUAACAUGGUGGAAUUCUUUGUGAUAAUUGCUGUUACUAUUACUAAGAGAAGCGCCAGAACAGACACCAGGACGUUUAUUUUAUAUCUGUAAUUCUCAUCAAUGGAAUUACACAUAUGGAAAAUACUAAUUUAGUUGUAUUUUGUACAGUAAUAACUCCUCGCAGUUGUAUAUGUUCCUUUAUUCAGUUUCACAGUCUUUAUAAGUUUAGUGCAGAAUUAUAGUAAGACUCCAAGAUGUCAGAUGUUUGUUCACUCUUAUUAGGUUGCAAAACUUAGAAGACUCAAUAGCUAAUAUCCAUGUUAUUAUAUACUCCAUGCACGUUACAGGUCUCUGAUAACUUGUUGUUGUGUGUUAACAUAAUACUCUACAUUAGGAUUCCAGAAUGUGGAUUUAUGUUUAAAAUUGUAAACACUCACGUUGGGUAGCUGCUGGGAGCUUAGUGAUCCUGGGGCUGCCAUACUGUGGUCAGCCAAGCACACCUGAACUCAGGCUUUGUCCAUGAAAUGAGCCACACACCUGAACAUAGACAUGGAAUAUGGAGGGAAUCAAGCUGCCCCUAAAAAACUAACAAAGCAAGCAAACUAUGGCUUCUUAAGAGUAAGAAUUUUAAUUUAAUUUUUAAAAUAAAUGGUCCACGGUGUAAACACUGAAUGUAUUCAGCCUACGAAGCCCACUGCAUCAACAUGCCCCUGUCUGCCCAUGGCAACUGGAUCCUUCUUGUCCAAAACAUUUACUAAUCUUAAGUGGUGGGCCUUCAACCCACCCUUUGGUUUGGUUGUGUGGCAUCUCCAUCCAGAACUGGGAUGGGAUGAAGAAUCUGCCAUUUUCACAGGGUCUAUCUUUGUCAUUCUAAAAUGCUGAGAGAAAUGCGGAUCGGUAAGUGAGGAUCAGAAGGUUUUUUUUUUUUUUUUUUUUAAAUCCAUAAGCCUCACUUAAAUCAGACCACAUUGAAAGGUUUAUAUAUAUCAAAAAUGUCCUCAAACACCAUAAGACCUGCACAGAGUUGCUGCCCUAAAAUGUAUAAUUAGUGAAAAUUUUGCCUUUGCUGUCAUUUAAAGCAUGGCAGUGUGUUAGAAUGUUAUUAUGUAGUAUAAAUGCUGGACCAGAAAAACUCUGCUAUUUUAGACCAUUAUAGCAUUCUGUGUGUGUAUAUGUGUGUGUGUGUGUGUGUGUGUGUGUUUUUGUGUGUCUGUACACAACACAUUCUCAGAAUAUAUAAUAUAUAUAUUCACACACUCCCAAUUAAGAGUUGUGUGAAAGCUGCACAGGAUUACAGAGGCAUCUAUAUUCACUUUUGCUCUUUGAUUAAUCUUGUGCUAUUUUGGUUACCAAGGAAGAAAGGACUUGGAUGAACUGAUUUUAAAAAAUAAAGGAGCAAAUUUGCCACACAACAGUACAAUCUUAGUAUGAUCUGUUCUAAGGGGUAACUUUAUACUCUUUCCUUCUGGAAGAGAUCUAAAGGCUUCUAAAAGUAAAACUAACAUUUUUUUUAAAUUUGCAGUCGCACACACCCCUCCCCCUCCCCCUGCCAUGAUGUUUCUAGCUCUCAAGGUUAACUAGAGUGAUUGGAAGCAACAUUCAAAGAUGUAAAACAGGAUUUGUCAUUCCCAGCUUGUCAGGAUAACAGAUUGUACAACUUGAGAUGAAUUUGUGUUAAGAAGUUCAGAAAGGUUGGAAGACUGGUUUAUAAAUAAAGAAAUCAAGCCCA